GGCGCGAAUAAACAACGAGUUUCUCCGGUAACUUGUUGGAGUUACGUUAGUAGUUGUUGUUUCGGUACAGUUUUUCUAUAUUAUUCUGUUUUAACAGCUGUAUUUUUUAUUAUUAUUUUUUUUUUUUGAUACGUUAAAGAGACAUUCUGUAUUUUGGUAUUUUCAUCUAAAACCAUGUCGGACGCUUUGUCUGAAGACGGCAGCGACUUCCACCAGGAUGACAGCCAGGAGGAUGUUAUGACCCCGGCGGAGCUGAUCGCUAAACUGGAAGAAGCUUGGCUGAAUGAGAAGUUCUCACCGGAGCUGCUGGAGAACAAAUCAGAGGUGGUGGAGUGUGUGAUGGAGCAGCUUACUCAUAUGGAGUGCAACUUGCAGCGGGUGAAGAAGGGAGAUGCAAAGGCCAGCAUCCAUCGCAUGGAAAUAGACAGGAUCCGCUAUGUGCUCAGCAGCUACCUGCGCUCUCGUCUGCAGAAGAUUGAAAAGUAUUUCCCACAUGUCUUGGAGAGAGAGAAGUCUCGGGGUGAGGGCGAGCCAUCUGUGCUUUCACCUGAGGAGUUUGCUUUUGCCAAAGAGUAUUAUGCCAACACUGAAAGCUUCCUGAAGGCUGUAGCACUGAAGCGCAUGCCACCCAACUUACAGACUGUGGAUAUGGUCAAAGCAGUGCCUGAGCCCUCUCUGGACUCCUUUGUGUUUCUGCGAGUGAAGGAGAGACAGGAAAACAUCCUGGUAGAGCCUGAAACAGAUGAGCAGAGAGAGUUUGUUGUGGAUCUUGAAGAGGGCUCUCAGCACCUAAUGCGUUAUCGAACUAUAGCACCACUUGUUUCAAGCGGAGCUGUGCAGUUGAUAUGAACGCAAAGGUGGCUUGUUGCUGUGGAUCCAGGAGACAUUGCUGAAAUAAAGGGCAGAGAUCACACCGGGAAGCAUGCCCUUCAUCCACACUUUUAUCCAGAAUAAGGACUGACUUGUGGGAUGCAAAUAUAGAGAUGUUUUUAGCACCAUGGCACCAGAAUUUAAUUUAGUGGGGCGGGGACGCAAUCGGGGUCACUGCCAGUGGAAAGUCAAAGCUGUAGAGGAACCCUGCUUACUAAAUUAUCUUUUGCAGUGCUGUGGUGGUAUUUUUGGAUAUGUAUUUUUUUUUUUUUUUUAAUCGUGUCAUGACAUGCUUAGUUUUGAGUGCCGGUGUCUGUGUGACAGAUGAAGAUGGGGCUGUCUAAUCUGUUUAUUCAUCACUCUUCAUGUUGCUCCAUCUAAAUGACUCAUGUUAUUGGAUGAUUUCUCUGCUGCUCAAUAACAGGAGGCAUCAGAUGACCCGACGAUGAAAUUUCAUCAGGUCACUUGGUAUCGUAAAGCACUACCAUCCUGAGGCGUACGUGUUAAUGUGCAUGCAUCUUUGCAAGAACGAGGAUGGCUGUGAUUUAAGGACAGUCACACUUGAGUUAAUGUGCUUUAAUGUCAUAGAUUAUAGAAAUGCUGCUUUUGUACAUCGUGACAUUUUUUCUUUUUCACAGGUUUAAAGUUCCUUUUGACUUUGUUUUAAACUUUAACCUAAAAGAAAUGUUACGAUAGCAUUGUUAUGUAAGUGUUUCAGAGGGAGCAAUCAGCGCUUAUUGUUUGCCCUCAUAUAUAUUCACCAGUAAUUGGAAUUAAUAAAGGAUCGAGAGAGUGGGCUUAGCACAACUGAAUAAUCAAGAAGACUGUCUUCUUAAUCGGCACUGCUGAUCCAGCUCAUAGAGGGCCCUGUAACUUUCUGAUUAUCAUAACACACUGCUGCUGUUAUAUAUAGAUAUAUAGUGUCUUGAUGGUCAGGAGCAAAUCAAGUUGCUUUAGAUGUCUGAUGACAUAUGGUGUGGUAUUGUGGGAACAGGCCUGUUAUUAUUCCUAUUAAAAUGUUGGAAAAUAAAAGGUUUCUUCAGGUAUUGACAGAGCUGGAAAUA